GUCAGUGGCGGCCUCGGUAUUACAGAUUCUUGCCUGCAAAUCAACGAAGACUAGCUGAUACCGCACCACCAUGGAUGACGAUGAUGCCGAUUACAUGCAAGGCAGCGAGGACGAGGACUACGGCUUCGACUACUCCGAUGAUGGUUCCGGGGAUGAGGGUGGGAGUGCUGAUAUCGAGAACAUGUACUAUACCGCCAAGUCGAAGAAGGAAGAUAAUCCGGAGCAAGCACUGAAGGAGUUUAGAGCUAUUGUGGAAAAGGAACAGGAGAAGGGAGACUGGGGCUUCAAAGCGCUGAAGCAGUCGACCAAAGUGCUCUUCCUACAACUUCGGAGACCACAAGACGCACUGAAGACAUAUCAAGAGCUGCUGAAAUAUACCAAGUCUGCAGUGACACGCAAUUAUUCCGAGAAGACUAUCAACGGCAUUUUGAAUUAUGUCGGUGGUGGCAAAGGCGGUCCUGUGGACGUAGACACUCUGGAGAAGUUCUAUCAAGCGACGAAGAAAGCCCUUCAAGAAGCAAGGAACGACCGGUUAUCGGCCAAGACUAACCUCAAUCUUGCUAAGCUCUGGCUUGACCGAAAGGAAUACCCGCGGCUAGCAAGACUUCUCCGCGACUUGCAUCACGCGACCAACGCCGAUGGCGAGGACCAGGCACAAAAGGGUACCCAGCUUCUUGAGAUCUAUGCCCUCGAAAUUCAGAUGUAUAACGAGACCAAGAAUUUCAAGAAGUUGAAGGAAAUCUAUAACGCCGCGAAUUCUGUGCGAUCAGCUAUCCCACAUCCACGAAUCCUUGGUGUCAUCAAGGAGUGUGGUGGCAAGAUGUGGAUGGGGGAGCGCAACUGGGCUCGUGCAACCGAGGACUUUUUCGACUCGUUCAAGAACUACGAUGAGGCUGGUUCGCCGCAACGUAUACAAGUCUUAAAGUAUCUUGUACUUGCCAACAUGCUUACGGGCAGCGAGGUCAACCCAUUCGACAGCCAGGAAACGAAGCCCUACAAGAACGAUCCACAGAUCAAGGCGAUGACAGAUCUGGUGGAUGCAUACCAGCGUCGCGAUGUCCAUGCGGCUGAGAAAAUCUUGCGAGAAAACCGUGCCACGAUCAUGGACGACCUAUUCAUUCGCAUGUAUAUUGGCGAGCUCUUGCGUAGUUUGCGUACUCAAUACUUGAUCGACCUCAUCAAGCCGUACACUCGUCUGGAGUUGUCUUUCCUUGCGAAGCAAUUAAAUGUCGAACUAGAGGAGGUCGAGGAGCUUCUCAUAGGGUUGAUCCUGGAAGGCAAGGUCGAAGGCCGAAUCGACCAGGUCGCUAUGCGUCUGGAGCUGGACAGGAAGCAAGCGCUCGAAAAGAAGCGCUACACUGCUUUGGAGAAAUGGACAGAUGCUCUCGAGUCCAUUCACGCUGCAGUCAUUAAUAAGGCGCCCGGCGCAAGCAGAGGCGGCCCCGAGGCGGGCAUGUCCGCAGAGAUGUUUUCGUCCCGCGAACUCGAGGCCCGCUGGGGUUGACCGCUCGUUCUCUCAAUUUUCAAAUCUUUCACCUUGUCUUGCGGACAAAUGUACCAACAGCUCGUAUUGCAUCAAUACCACCCUGUUAUG